AUGACUCUCACCAACCCAAAUCUCGAGGCUUACAGCGUGACACGUGGCAUGUGGCUAGAAUAUUACAAUUCUCACAGAGGAAGUUUCUACGCAAAAAAAAAGUGUAGUGGUUGCUACAAUGACAAUCUUUUUGUCAUUUGGGCGGUUUCUGUCGCCGUGCAAGCAGUUGUUGAUGGUGCUAGAAUUUUUCCCGAGCUCAAGCCAUUAAUUGCUCCUGCAGUGGACACUUUCAGAAGGUACAAAAACAACCAGACCAAAGGAUACUCUGCUGCAGAGAAUAGUGGCAGCGAUAAUGACGUUUACUAUGACGAUGAUGCGCAGGUUGCUAGUGCUAUCAUCACUGCCUAUGAAGUCACUGGAGACAGAAAAUACUUAGACUCAGGACGUGAACUUGUUCGAUUCUUGAUGGGUGGCUGGGACAAAAAAAUUGGCGGGGUUAAAUGGCACGUGUCGAAAACAUACGUCAACGCUUGUACCACUGCCGAAGUUGCGAAAGCGUGCUUACAGCUCUCAAAAUUUAUCCCGGAGGAGGCCAGUGUCUACGUUGAAUUUGCCACCAAGUGCGUUGAAUGGCAAAUUGAAGUUCUUCAGGAUCAUGGCGAUAAAUGUAUUAUGGAUGGAAUCCAGCCUGAAGGCCGCAAGAUUGAUAAAGUCAAACUUACAUACAACACUGGAACAACCCUCUCGGCUGCUUCUCACUUGUACAGUAUCACCAAAAGUAACAAGUGGAAGGAUAUAGCUGACAAUUUGGCUAAAGCUGCUAUUAACAGAAACUCUCCCUUCUAUGAUCGUGAUUAUGGCCACGACAAAAGAUAUUGGCGUGAUCCCUCAUAUUGGACGCAGCUCUUAAUUGAAGGAUUAGCAGACUACUUAUUGUAUGUUGGGUCAGAUGUUCCAGAGGAUUUACUGCAGAAAAUUACCCUUGAGGUUGAACGCCACUUGAAAAUGUUCUACAAAUAUCUGAAGGACCUAAAGGAUGGAUUGUACAUUCAGUCUUUCGAGCCACAUCGUACUUUCAAGGAAAUAUACGAGAGAGAUUACAAAAGACAGUUUGGGGGCAAGAAGGGACACGGUAUGAGAGGUGAUGACAAAGAUGGCGACAAACCCCAAAAGUGUUUGAUGGGGCUAGGGUCUGCAGCAAGAGUCUUUUAUCAGGGCGCCAGAAUCUGCCCACUGUUACAGUAA